ACUACCUUAGAUUCUGUAGUUCUAUGAAUCAGUAUGUUUAUUAGUAUUUGUACUGGUUCUUAAAAAAUAAUUUUUGUUUAAGUAAAUGUUAUUGUGAUAAAAAAAAAUAAAACUAAGCGAAGGAGGUUCAUUGGCAAAAAUAUUGAGGAAGAGUAUUAUAUCUCAGCAUUUGUAACAGUAAAAUAAUUUUGAAGCUAUCAUUAUGAUGCAAGUAUAUAGGAAUAUCACAAAAUUAUUUCUAUCCCCAAAAUGUAUUUUUAAAUCAAUACCAGCAGCAGGAGUAAAAUCUUUUGAACCACCACCUUAUUACGAUGAUAUUGAAAUCCCUCAACGUACUAGACUUAAAGUUGCGCAAAAAGUACCACAGUAUGGAGGAAAUGUAGUUCCUUAUAGAACACAAAAAAGAUUAAGGUUGAUGCGUGGGCCUGAACUCUAUCAUAAUACCCUUUUACACAAACAAUAUGGCAUAAUAGCGACAGGAGGUGGUAGACUGAAACACAAUAAUUUUGAGAUGAUUCGUAUGACACUUCUGAGGAAGGUAGACUAUAAUAAGGUAUUUGCGAUCUGGAGGGUUCCUGAUCCUUGGCAACCUAUUACUAAAAAGGGUCAAGGAACACGAAUGGGUGGUGGCAAGGGAAGUAUAGAUCAUUAUGUAACGCCAGUAAAAGCGGGGCAAGUUAUUAUCGAGGUUGCUGGGAAAGCCGAAUAUUAUGAGGUGAAAUACGUGCUUAACAAUAUUGCAAAAAGGCUACCUUUCGAUGCAAUGGCAGUUAGCCAAGAAAUAAUGGAGAAAAUGGCUGAAAAGAAGAGAAAAUUAGAAGAAGAAAAUCUAAACCCAUAUACCUGGAAGUAUAUUAUUCAAAACAAUAUGCUCGGUUCCCAUUAUUGGAUAUCGAAGUACGACAGGCGAUGGUUUAACGAAUAUGUCUAACUUUGGACGCAUAAGAAUGUAAAUAUGUACUCGUGAAUAAAUCACAAUGUGAUACGUGAA